AUGUUCUCCCUCUCUGAUCUGGAGAGGAAAUUCUGCGUGGGGGACAAUGUUUGUGUGCUCGAUAACAGUAUAGUAGCACCGCAACUCAAGGGGACAACUGGAAUGGUUGUCCGAGUUGACGACGACACUGUUGUUGUACUCGAUCAGUCUUCCGAAUCAGAAUUCACCGUUGGAUUCGAUUCUUUGGCAACAUCCAUUGGGGACAUAAGCAAACAGGGUCCCACAAACGCUUCAAUCUGCAAUGACACUCCAAUGAAAGGCGACCGGGUCGUUGUAACCGAGGGAAUUUAUGUCUGUGAAUUCGGGGAAGUCAAUGAGGUCGAUGGCAUGACAUGGACGGUUGCAUUCUUCUCGGAUUCGCGACAGACGACCAUAACAGUGCUGAUGGGGGCGAUGGCCUUCACUCCCAAUCCCACUGCCCUUCAAUAUACUCACAAGCGUGGAUACCAUGUUGUAGCUGGCGAUAUCGUUCAAGUGGUCAGAGGUGACCGACUCUAUGCGUCAGACACUCUCCACACUGAGUUCACCACUUCCAUCACAUAUGUUGUGAGAAUUGGUGGGCGUGAGGAUCAUGAGCCGAUGCAGCACCUUGUCGGCACCUUGCAAUCACUCUCCCGGGACACAUGCAAGGUUGUGUUUCAAGGUCGGAGAGAAGAAUUCCUGCGAACUCACAUCGUCAGCCGGAAGGGAGUUCUCCUCAAUGGUUUUCGCUUGCCUCAGAAUCAGCAACAGGAAUUCAACAAAUUAGUUCAAUCUUCGUUCAUCCGGUCCCCACAUAUCACUCCCCCAACAACUCCUUGUCACUCGCCUUCUCCUGACAAGUCACAUCCUGAUCAGCCCGCUCCCGCCAUACUGGGAUCACUUUGGGAUGCCCCCAUUGACUCACUAGAGAUCAAUCGGUGUAAAGAGGGUGCUAGAACUGACCCUUGGGUAUUCAACGAGGAUGACAAGGAAGAACACCAAUUGCAUCCUCCCGAUGCGACCUCUUGCUCUCCUGCAGACAGUCUCACUGCUGCAAUCGUCCACAAUCCCCUCAUCACUGCCUUGUACUGUAAUUGGCACAUGAAAUUCUGCAUCGUCAAAGCAUCAUCUUCUCAUUGGAUAUCCUACCUUAAUCGGCUUGUUGACACAGUUGCCCCAGACCCGUUCGUGCUCGAUGAAGGGCUGGUCAAAGAUGGUGAAAUCGCCAUCAAGUAUUCCUCCAGAAUGAAGAACAAGGGGUUGAAGGUGGGUACAAUCUGUCUCAAAGAUAUUGCCCCAGAACCACCCUCGGGACCAAAUAAGAAGUUCACUUUGAUACGAGGUGACUUCAUGGGGAGCGUUCAUACAACGGGGAAGACCUCAAAGGACAAGUCAAAGAUAACUACCGUGGAAGGGAAGGUUUCGAUCACGCUGAUGCAUGCCUAA